GGCGGGCGGGGGAAGCCGAGCCUCCUGCGUGCUGGGGGGAGGGCGGGGCAGGGACGCUAGCACGUCGGUGCCGCCGCCGGCCUCCAGGCGGGAUUGAGGCGGAGCUCUAAAAAGACGAAGAAAGAUCUUCUCAUUUCCAGAGUAACUGGAGACCCCUUUUUCCUGCAUCUUGUUCUGCCUUUCUGUAAGUGAAAUAAAUUAUACAGUUUUGCCUGUAUAACUGCUUCUCCAGUAGAAAAGAAGAGUUGCACCUCUCAUUGGAUUGGAUUGAGUGGAAGUUAGGCGUGCUUGGUGCCUCUGAAAAUUUGACUGCCUGUGAAUUUUUAGAAUCCAAGAGGAUUUGAAAAACGUACAAGUAUGAGUAUUCUUCUAAUUGAAGCUUUUUAUGGUGGCUCCCACAAGCAGCUGGCAGAUCUUCUACAGGAGGAGAUAGAAGAAUGUGUCCUUUACACACUCCCAGCAAGGAAAUGGCACUGGAGAGCACGGACUGCUGCCCUCUAUUUCAUGCAAACAGUGCCAGCUAAUGCUAAUUACAGAAAAUAUACUAAAGAUGUAGAGAGAAAAUUAAUCCCGUAUGAUCUUAGAGUUACCGAUUUACCAGAGCUUUUAAAAAAGGAUCAUCAUACUUUCCAAAGAUUAUCUCCAGUCACCUUGACGAACAGCUUGACAAAAAUUUUCUUUUCAAGACACCUUAAAAUGAUAGUGAUCCUCUUUGCAAGCUCAGUGCUUAACCUGACUGAACUUAUUGCCCUUCGGCCUGACCUUGGCAAAUUGAAAAAGGUCCUUUACUUCCAUGAGAACCAGUUGGCAUAUCCUGUACAGAAGUACCAGGAAAGAGAUUUCCAAUAUGGAUACAACCAGAUUCUUUCAUGUUUGGUUGCUGAUAUUGUGGUAUUCAACUCUACUUUUAAUAUGGAGUCAUUUCUUACAUCUAUCGGAAAAUUUCUGAAGCUGAUUCCUGACCACAGGCCUAAGGAUCUGCAGAAAAUAAUCAGACCAAAGUGCCAAGUUCUUCAUUUUCCAGUCAGAUUUCCUGAUGUGAGCAGAUUCAUGCCGGAGCACAAACUGGCCCAUUUGGAGAAGAUAACUGGUGUUAGAGGAAAUGGAGAUACUUAUCUAUUUAGGUGUCUGCCUUUCCAACAGAAGUAUAGAGCCACUGAGAGUUUAAUGAAAAACAGCAGCUCAAGUCCUGAGUCUGGACUUCGUGAAGCACGGUCUGGACUUUGUACCACACAACAGGAAAGACUACAAUACCCAUUAAUAUCACUAGAGAAACUGAACAAGUCUGAAGCAUCAGAAAGUACAAAUCAAGAAGUGCCUUGUCAAGAAGAUAAGCAACAUGUGACUUUUAACCCUUGUAAUCUCUUGAGUGGAACGGACUAUCAGCAAAGACCUUUGCACAUUGUCUGGCCUCACAGGUGGGAGCAUGAUAAAGACCCUGAGAGUUUCUUUAAAGUAUUGCUGAAACUUAAAGAGAUGGACCUACCUUUUCAUAUGUCUGUCCUUGGAGAGACUUUCACUGAUGUACCAGAUAUAUUUCCAGAGGCCAAAAAGGCAUUGGAAUCUUCUAUCUUGCACUGGGGCUACUUACCUAGAAAAGAUGACUAUUUCCAAGCUCUGUGCAUGGCUGAUGUUGUGAUCUCAACAGCUAAACAUGAAUUCUUUGGAGUGGCAAUGAUAGAAGCUGUAUAUUGUGGUUGUUAUCCACUAUGUCCUAACGCUUUGGUGUAUCCAGAAAUAUUUCCAGCUGAAUAUCUGUAUUCUACACCUGAACAGCUUUUUAAAAGGCUUCAGAAUUUCUGCAAGAGACCAGAUAUUGUAAGGAAACAUCUCUACAAGGGUGAGAUGGAUCAGUUUUCUUGGGCAGCACUACGUGAUAAAUUCAGGUCUCUGCUCACAGCAGAACCUAGGGAAGAUUUGUGACAGAUGGAGCUAAGUCACAAACUUGUAGCCUAAGGCAGAAUCUGUAGAACUUUCCAGAGUGUGCCCAUAUUUACCUGAUCAGAGAGAAAAGAAAAUCUGCAGAGGAAGCUGAGCCUGGCUGCUUGUCAUAGCUGACACAGAGCCAUCUGCCACAAACCUGUGGCAGCUUCAGAUCUCCAAUCCCUGCCACCACCCGAACUCAAAUUAAAUACAGAUUCCUAGAGACGUUAUGAUGGUUACACAUGUCCUCGGCAUCACAUGCAGGAGACUGUUCAAAAAAAAUAUGUGGCCUGUUGUAUAACCGCACUCAUGUAUCCCAUAUGUGGUGCCACAUUGAAUUUCCGGUUAAAUCUGUUUUUAUCCUUUGUACUGGAUGACAUGGUGCCUGAAUUCUUUCUUUUUGCCGACAUGAUGGCAGCCAAACUGCAGCUUCAAACGCUCACACUUGGCUGGGUUUCUACCUAGGUUGCCAGGUUAUCAUUGGAGCCUUAUUGUGUCCUCAAAGGGCCACAGGGCCUGAAAGGAGGAUCAGAGUGCUACUGGACUAAUUGGGCAGCCAUCUAUGAAUUGUUUGUAGGCAAAGCACUUUUCUUUUUGCAAAUUAAUGAGACUCUGGCACAGAGUUUUUAAGUGAAGGUAUUAAUAAGGGGUCUGGCAGGUAUUCCCAUGAUUCACAGUUACAUUUGCAUUUAAUUAAUCUUAAAGAAAGCUGCAAGAUAAACAGCUGUAAUUCAAACUAGCAUGGGAAAUAUGCUACAUGGUGCCAUCUAUCCGAUAAAAUGAAAGCUGAGACACUUGUUUUAUUUCUCUCAAGGAUGGAGAACAAACAGAUAACAGUCAAAAUACUUCCAAUAAAAACCAGUAGUUUUUAUGUAACUGUAGUUCAUCAAAAAUCUUUGCAUUCAGUUACAAAUAUAAUCUUUUAAAGAUAAAUCACUUAUGAUUCUAAGCAUUAGGCUGCUGUAUUUGUUGAUGUAAAAUGUUUUGAAAAUUUAGAUUGUACAAUAAAUUUUUAAUAAAGUGCCCACUGCAUUUUUUAAUUAGCAUAUCUCAUUCAUGUAUAAGUGUGUACAUCCAUCUGUAUGCUUAUCACUGUGCAUAUCCUUGUGACAGAGUCAAUGAAUACAAUUGUGUCUUUAUCUGAUGAAUUUAGAUUCUGUUUUGCAAAUGAUAAUAAAAUUGUUAUAACAACUCCAAGA